UACCUGUAGUGCACUGCCAAUGAAAAGGGAGAGAGACAAUGGACACCAUGGGAGAUCUUCACGGGGAUAACCCAAGGGCGAAUGAAAGCCGCAUCCCCGAUGUCAGCGACACCGUCCUGCAGGAUUGCCUCCGGAAGGUGGGAUUCCUGCAGGAGUGCCUCAUGCAGAAGGGACUCAUGCAGGACCUGCACCAGGCCCGGCAGGAGGCCUGGGGCCAAAUGGCCGAGGGGUCCGCCGGGAGGCCCCGAGAGGUGGUCUGCGACGUCUGUAUUGGGCCCGGGGCCCGCAGGGCCCUGAAGUCGUGCCUGGUGUGUCUGGUGUCGUACUGCCGGGCCCACCUCGAGGGCCACGACAGUAGGAACCGCCUGAGGGGCCACAGGAUGGUGCCGCCUGUGGAGAACCUGGACGACAGGGCCUGCCCGGUGCACGGGCGGCCCCUGGAGCUCUACUGCCGCGACAGCGGCCGCUGCAUCUGCGUGCUCUGUGUGGAGGAGGGGCUGGAGGUUGUUUCCGUGGAGACGGAGUGGGAGGAGAAAAGGAGCCAGCUGAACUACCUCGAGGGAGAGUUUCAGGGGAGGAUUGCGAGACGGGAAAACAAGCUGAAGGAAAUCCGUUCCUCGAUCAAGGUUUCCCAGGAUCACUUACGCAGCGAGAGUACGGAUAUAGACGGCUUUCUGUCAUCUCUAAUUUCCUACGUGGAGAACGCCAAAAUACAUGCUCUCCUGCCCAUGGACGAGAGGAGUCAGGCGGUGGAGAGGCAGGCCGAGGAAUUGACGGAGCAGCUCAACAACGAGAUAGGGGAACUGAAGAGGAACAUCUCGGACCUGAGGCGCAUUUCUGACAUAGAGGAUCAUAUUGACUUCCUACAGAAUUUUCCAUCCACCAAGGUCCUAGAAGAGGAGAACAACCUAACAGAGAUAGCACUCGAUGCAUCCACCUCCUUCGGCACCUUCCGAAGUAUCAUAAAAAACCUGAUGGAUGAAAUUCUCGACAAACUGGAGUUAUUGACUCCAAUCGAACUGCAGAGGAUCGUGAAGUUUGCAGUGGACGUGAAGCUAGACCCCAGCACCGCUCACCCACGCUUAAUCAUAUCUGCUGACGGCAAGGAGGUACAAGAUGGCGGUGGGCUUCAAGUAGUACCCAUGGGUGCUCAAAGGUUCGACUUGUACUCAUCCGUCCUCGGCCGGAACCGACUGACAUCCAGCAAGGCCUACUGGCAGGUUGAGGUCGGCGACAAGUUGGGUUGGGAUCUAGGCGUAACGACGUCGACCUCUCAACGGAAAGGCGAGCUUGUGUUCAAGCCCGACGCCAACUACUGGGUGAUAGCGCAUUACGAUGGUGACGGCUACGUGGCAAUGACGGCCCCGCCCAAAAAGCUGGCCCUCAUAGCCAAGCCCAAGACGGUAGGCGUCUUCCUGGAUUACGAGGAGGGCCUUGUGUCCUUCUACGACCUGACGUCCUCCUCGCACAUAUUCUCGUUCACGGCGUGCGUAUUCAGUGGCGAGCUCCGCCCCUAUUUCAGUCCCCAUAAUGAGUUGGAGGAAAGCCGGCCUCUGGUCAUCACUGCGGCCAGCUCUGGAAUGAUUACCAUGGUAGUGUAUACCAAAUAUCCUGUGUAAACAUAGAAAAUACACAUGGGGGGGUUUCAAACUGUGUCUCCACCCAUUGGUAGCAGUGGGGGAUUAUUAUGGUGGCGGGACGUUCAUUUUCAAUGCAAAUAUUCAUAUUCAAUGCAAAAUAUAUAAAGAUGAGUUUCAUUAUUAUGUUUGAAGACUGAAACCUGGAACAGUUUGACGAUGAAAAAUCCUGGAACAGUGUAACGAUGAAAAAUAUCCAUAGAGAAAUAACCACCACCUUUGUAAUGGUAAUGGGAAUGCGGUGCUUAUUAUAUUUUUGGGGUUCCGGGUCAUAAGCAGUGGUGGGUAAAGGCAUUUAAUCAUAUUGGAAAUGUUAUUCUACAUCAACCCUUGUGGUCAAGCAAGGUCUAGGUUCUUAAUAGCUUCAUAAUGACUUAAUGUCUUAUUGUUGGGAUAGGGAUUGUAAAACUUUGUUCAAUAUACAUUCCUGAUGCACUUAUUCACCUAAUGACGUUUUCUAUGUCUAACGUGCAUCAAAUGUGACUAUACUUCAUUCUUUAAGUUUAUAGUAAAUCUGUUUUUUGGGAAUUUCCUUGAUAAAAUAAAUAUCAUUGAUUGUACAUCGUUUGUUAAGCUUGUAUCACAUCAGCCACAUUAAAAGAGCUUUAUAUAUUGGCUUUUAAACAUAUAACACUCGAAUCAUGCAAGAAACGACAUCAGUAGAUUUUUAAAUAUUUUUUUAUCUAAGUAAAAUGUUGUUCUGAAAACAAACAGCAAUGUAUUCUGCAAUUGUUUCGAGUGGUCUCCUACUUAAUUUAAGACCAUGUCCAGCUAUGUUUAGAAAAUAUUACUGUACUUUGUAUCUUCUCACUCCAUCUGGUCGUGAAUGAUGUGUUGGUUAACCGAAUUGGACUAAAUUAAGUUAUAGAGUUGAUGUGGGUUCUUCGACUGAACUUAGCUUGUAAUCAUAGGCCAGUUGGAUUGAUGUAGAAAACGAACAAAGGGCAUAAACGUGUGGGUACAUUUUAACCCGACACUUUAGCGGUAGAAGUUACCGAUUUUCCAGUGUCCCUUAAAAUAUCCAGCUACACGACAAAAACAGUGUGCUAUCGAAAGUCACUAUUGUUUCUCUUGUUGUGAGGCCACACAAACGAGAGGAUUGGCAAUUUAGAAAUUUGAGAUGGUGAACAUUUAGACAACAACGUCAUCAUCAUCGUCAUCGUCAUCAUCAUCAUC